GGUGAGUCAGGGGUUGGGAGGCGGGGAGCAGUCAGCUGGUGGUGUUUACUUGUGUCGUCGCCCAGUUUGAACUCCUUAGUCUCUGGCUGCCCUCACACCUGACCGUCUCCACCUUUACCCACUGUCGCGGUUCAAAAUGUCGUCGGUUGUGGUGCCAGCCCCUGAUCGAGAAAAUGUCAAUGCCAAUUUAGGAAAAAAGAUGAAGCAACAUCAGAGCCUCGCUGGGCCAAAUAAAUAUGGGUCAAUGCAGAGUGUGACGAGCAGUGCACAGAAAAAAUAUAACCUUCCCAGUGGAGGUUCUCAGAGCAGUCAGCGGUCUUUUGGAGACAUCAGUAACAAAAUAGGAGGGACUCAUAAGGGCUCAGGAGGUGACAUAAAGAAAGCUCCUAGUCAAUCCACUUCCACUGACCAUUUGCAAAGCUUCUUGUCCACCAUUGAAAAGGAUCCCUUUCCAGAGUCUGACUUCUUUCCAAAAAUAAAAGAAGUAGAAGAUUAUGCUGAUAUUCUUCCAUCAUCAUUCCAUAUUUCGGACAAACACAUUUCUCAACUUGUUUGUUUCUGGAAAUUAUGUCGUCUACCUGAAUUGAACAGUCAUUCUGCAUCUUUAGUUCAGAGUUCACCACUGAAAGACCCUUCCCUCAUGACAAAAGUUCAAGGUAAAAAAAAAAACGGUGAAAUUGGAGCCACUCUUUGAAGAAAUGUUCGACUUGCCGCCGCCACCACCAUGGGAAUAGAAAUUUUGUUCGCAAACAUCAGACUGGGCAUUUGAGGCCCAUUUUUAAGUUUCUAAGUAAGGAUAAUAAACAUUAUAAAUAUUAAUUGUAGGUAAUAUUAUUCUAUGAAUGCCUUUUUAAUAAACUUUAAAGUGACUUUUCAUUUGCUGGGUAGGAAUUGAAGAAUGAAAUUAAAAUACAGUAAAUUGUGUUGUGUUGUGUACUGUACAUAGAUUACCACCAUAUUUGCUGACCAUAAUUCCUGUCACCUUAACAACAACCCCCCCCCCCCCUGGACACAAAAUUGUGCACACCACACUAUUACACUGUUAUAUUCAGUUAUUUAAUGUAAUUAUCAUUAUCAUAAUCAGUCAUUAUCUAGGUACAUGACUGUUCCUUCACUGCUUCCUGUUCAUUUUCACUUGUAUUAGCUGCAUUACUUUGUCAUUCAGUACUGUUUCUCAGAUGCUAAAGGUGGUGUGCUUGAUAAAGGAAUUCAAAAUAUGACGUUUCUAGUUCAUUAUUCCUGUAAAUGUGUUCAGUAAGGGUACAAAAUCCAGACUUAGAGUUUGAGUUUUUUGUGGGAAAAAUAUAUAGGAAUGAGUGAGUUGGCACAUAUCAUGCUGAAAUAAAAUUGAUGCAAGUGUCGUGUCGCAUUGACAGUGGAUAUUGAUGUUUAGUAUUCUCUCCAUGCUUUAGGUUUUUUCUUAUACACAAUUUUAAAGGUACCAUAAUGAUAAAUACAGGUCUUUGUAAUUAAAAUGUUCAUGGAACAAAACCCAAAACAUUUGUUGCAAGAAAAAAAAUUAUUUUAAAACCUGCUGACUGUUUUAUGCAUUGAAUAUACCUUUUGUACCCUAUUUUUAGUUAUACAGUAUGUUAUCUUUAAUGCCAAAAAUAGUUUGCAAAUGAUAAGUAACACGUGUUUUUGUUUAGUAUGCUGUUACGGGGCCAUUGUCACAUCACCUAGGUGGUUUCCAGCAUCCUCUCCGAUUUUGUUGGUUUGUUAUUUGUAGAUCUCUGUGAGAGAAUUUGAGUCUUUGUUUCACAUCUGCAGCUAAAUCAUUUCCGGAGAUACUCGACCUUGAAUUUUGCAGAAAGUUAAUUUUUCAACAUCGUGCCUUAAUUCAAGAAGACGUAUCUCGGCUCUUAUAACACGUGCAGAGUUUUUCAUUACCAUUUUAAAGCUAUUAAGUGGCUCUCCAACUUUUGUUAUAUGCAUAUUUUAGAUCAGGGUGCAAAUAAAAAAGUUGACUUUUUUAACCAACUUCUUGACCUUGAAAUGUCAUUUAAUGUCCGCCUGGAUUUUUUCAAACUCAACCUAUUAUUUGGUACAGAUUUGGUUAUUAGUAUAUAACAUGAGUUUUCUGGGGUGUUCCCUUAAUUUAGGAAAUGCACUCAUUUUUAUGACCUAACCAUGAUUGAAAACCUUGACCAUGAGCAGAUAACAACAUUUGGAGAGCCAUAACUCUGGAAUCAUUUCAGCUAUAGUGGUGACAAAUGUUUUCCAUUCCUCUAAUCCACAAACUUCAGUUUCACUUGUUGAGCUUUUCAAUAAAGCGGCAAACUUUUUCAACAAUAAAUUGUUAAAUUUGUCUAUCAGUCUGUAAAUUAAACUGAAUGCCAAGCAAAGCAUUCAAGCUUCCAUUUCACAGCUUCUUCCAUUCUCUUGUGCUCUUUACAUAAUGUGGGCUGCGAGGCACUUAUUGGUAUCUCCUAUUUUGCCCAGUAGCUUAUUGGUUUCAGCCAGCUUGUACUGAUCGGCUGCAUUAUCUUCAUCUCCACCCUCAAAAGCUGUUACAUUGUCUAUGUAGCAUCUCAACAUAGGCCUCGGAUUCUUAACUGUAUAUUGCGGACUGUGGCCCCGGAGAUUUUGCCAACUCCCUUCGGCAGUUUUUACAUUUUAUGGUUUGUUGAGUUUGUGAUGGAUUUCAAUACAGUAUUGUAUAUCAGAUCUUUUAGGUAAGGAAUAAAACUUGUUGAAAAGGACCUUGUUUUUUCCAAAAAGGUCGCAGCAGUAGUGAUCAAGAUGAAGGAUGUUAAAGUUCUGGAAUAAUUUGACCUACACAUAACCAACAUUAUAUAUACUGCAUUGGAAUAUGCUAGAGAUUUAAAUUUUUUUGACCAUAUAAAUAAAGAGAAAUGGAAAAACGUUUGUCACCACAGUAACUGAAAUGGCUCCAGAGUUAUGGCUCUCCAAAUGUUGAUCUAUGCUCAUGGUCAAGGUUUUCAAACAAGGUUAGGUCCAUUUAAAUGUGUAUAUCAUAAAUUAAGGGAUUACCACAGAAAAUUUUUUAAAUGCUACUAACAAUUAAUAGUUACCAAUUAAUAGUUUGAGUUUGAAAAAAAUUCUGACAUUAAAUGACAUUUCCAAGAAACAAAGGUUGAAUUAAGUCAACUUUUGUACUUGUACCCUGAUUGUAAAUUAGGCAUACGGUACGUUGAAGGAACGCAAGGCAUGUCGUAAAAUAAGUUGGAAAGCCACUCGAUAGAUUUCAAAUAGUAUUUGACUUGUGUGCCAUUGGAACAGAGAUUACAAUUUAUCCUUUUGGCAAAAUUCAUGGUGGCCCCAUCUCUAGAACCAUUUUGGCUACAGAUGUAAGCGGUCAUUAAAUUUCUCGGAGAUCUAAAAGUGUACCAAAUUGCAUGAAAAUCGAAGAGGGUAUUGAAAAUUUGCCAAAAAUCUAGUUGAAGUGACACACUAUCUCUGUGCAGUAAAUUUCAUAUUGUGUAUCUUUGGUAUUACACGAAACUAGUUUUUUUUACUAAACUGAUUUCGGUGUUCAGUACAGUGAUUUUUCUUAUAGUUCAAAUGAAGGUAACAUGUGUCAUAAUGAACACUUGGUAAUAAGAGCUGGUAUGUAUAUUAUUAGCACUUCACCGCUUUGGCAAAUGUUUUCUAUUUUGUAUGUUGACUGUAGUGCCAUAAUGUUACCAGAUAUUCUUUAUAGAUGUUUAAGGACAAUUACAUAAAAUUAUUGUUCAAUAUAUAAAGUUGGUAUAACAAUGAGGAAGUUUUGUAGAAUUUUCUAUAAUAUUAUGAAGACAGGUGAGCAGACGGUACACAUACUGGGAAGGAAUCCUGUCCAAGCAUGAGCAACUUAUCAUUACUGUGCUCUUAGUCUUUAAACAAAUGGUUUAUUUUUCUACUAUAGUAUGCAAAUAUUAUAGACUAAGAAUUAAAUGGAAGAUUUUUAA